UUACAAAUCAUUAGUGGUGUGAUUUUUAUGAGUUGGAAAUGAGAAACUGAUUUUCCAUUAAAAACCGGGAAAUGUAUUAUGUAUUUGGCAGUGUUUAGUAUUACUCAGUAUUCACACGAUAACACGUUUGCUUUGGCAACUACAUACGCUUAUUACAUAAACAAAAUAUAGACGUUUUGUCAUCAAACAAAAUUCUAUUUUCAAUCAAAAUCAAUGUGCUAAAUUAUACACAAUGAAAAUAUUCAAGGAACGAAUAUUGUCAGAAUCUCAACUGAGACGAUUGGGCGAACACCAAUAUUCUUGUCAGAGUCUCAGUAUUUGUGACAAAAUCCUACAGCCUUACUGGAACUGGCUAGUUUUGAGGGUACCGAUUUGGCUGGCCCCUAAUUUGCUUACUAUUUUGGGACUUGCCGUCAAUAUAUUUACUGCCCUAAUUUUAGUUAGUUUUUCUCCUGAUGCGAAACUGGAACCACCCAGAUGGACUUGUGCACUGUGCGCUGUUGGACUAUUUAUUUAUCAAAGCUUGGAUGCAAUUGAUGGCAAACAAGCAAGGAGAACUGGUACUGCUAAUCCUCUAGGAGAAUUAUUUGAUCAUGGCUGCGAUUCUUUAUCCACCGUUUUUGUUGCCGUUUCUGCUUGUACCGCUGUCCAGUUGGGAAAUUAUCCUGCCUGGAUGUUUUUCCAGUGUUUUUGUGCCAUGACACUAUUCUACUGUGCACAUUGGCAAACAUAUGUAUCUGGCACUUUACGUUUUGGGAAAGUGGACGUUACCGAAGCACAAAUGACUAUAAUGUGCAUUCUCGUGAUCUCAGCAAUAUUUGGCCCUGGAAUUUGGUCAGUCAAGCUUUUUAGUGAAUCGAUUAUACUUUGGUACUUGAUACCUUUAAGUACCUUUAUAGUUGGAAUGUGGUCCCUUUACAGAAGUCUCAUUGUUAUUUUCACUGGGGGAUGCGGCAAAAACGGAUCCACGGUUGCUAUUCCUUCGCUGGACGUCGAAGUGAAGCUGAUCCCGAUCAGCGUGGCGUGCCUUGGGGCGCUCAUUCUAGGUCAGGCCAACUUUUCCACUAUACUGGCCGGCGGAGUCGGUAAAAACGGAUCUACAGUCGCGGGUACCAGCGUACUAUCUCCAGUAAUACCAAUUCUAUUGGUAGUACUACCAGCUUUUAUAAUCUACCAAAAAUCGGAACAGGCCCUGUAUCAGACUCAUCCAGUGUUGUACAUUUUCACGUUCGGAUUGGUAGCGGCCAAAGUUACAAACAGAUUAGUGGUGGCGCACAUGACGAAGAGUGAAAUGGAAAUGUGGGAUUAUUCCAUGAUCGGGCCUACCAUGUUGUUCUUUAACCAGUAUUUUAACACAUUUAUUAAUGAAUAUAUUGUUCUAUGGUUAGCUUUGGUAUGGGUAACUCUAGAUCUUCUCAUAUAUUGCUACAGAGUAUGUCACGAAAUUUGUGCGUAUCUAAGAGUGGAACUAUUCCGAAUACCUUAUCCUGGGGGACCCUUAAAAGUAGUGCAAUCGCCAGUUCUUUCGGAAAAAAACGGUACGAAAUCCCAUAGCAAAAUUAAAACUCGGAGUAGCACGAAAAACGUCAAAUAACCAUCUUGCACUUUACUGGCUAGUGUCGAAUUUGCCAAAAGUAGAAUUAAUUAUUGUUAAUAAUGGUAGAGAGAUUUGUACUAAAUUUUAUUUUCUUUUCAUAGCUUAUGGUUUUAUGCUUAAAUCUAGUUAAUGGUGACUGAUGUACUUACUGUACAGGGUAGGUUCCUUAUUUGUAAUAAUUAGUGCGGCUUCUGCAACUUAAACAGAAAAAAUUAACUAACAAAAACUUGCCCCACAAUAAUUAAUAUGAAGAACCCAACAUACUUAAUAGAGGGUAAUGUAAAUGCAUCAUUAAACUUAAAUAGGCUUUAAGUUGUAGAAGUCGCACUAAUCAUAAGGAACAGACCCUGUACAUAGCUAAAUUUUCACAGUCUCUCUACAUAACUAUCAUUAUUUAAACGCACAAUAUUGUAUCAUUUCUCGUCAUUCAUCCAAUAACAAUAUUUAUUAUAACAAAAAUAAUUGUUGGUAGACAAAUAUUAUCGGUGUGUGUGAUACUACUUUUUUCUUUUGUCAAUUUUCAGUGACAUUAUAUUGUUAAUACUAUUGUACAGUUUGAUAUAAAAACAAAUUCCUAAAUCAAUUUUUCUUUAAUUUCUUCCAACCAUUUCCACCAUGAUCGGAACACAUCCAUCAUUUUUCAGAUGAAGACGUGAUGGCUGCACUCCUACGCAAAGAAGAACUGUGAUGAGAGCUUUAUCGAAUGAUUUGAUAAUUAUUAAUAAUAUAAAUUAAAUUGUGAAUAUUUGAAUCGAAUAAAUGUUUAUUUAUGUAUUUUUCAAUAAAUGUUUUUGAUAAUUUUUUUUUCAAUUUAUAAAAAUUAUGUCACUACAGGGGAAAUUAAAAUAA